AUGCUUGCCGUGACGGCGCGUCGGGCAACGAUGUUAGUGGGUUGUUACAGUCGACAUUGGUGCCUACCAUAUGUGAGAGUGGUGACAACAAAUAGUUUUUGUUUUGUUUUAUUUUUUUACAAAUUCUUUUUUUUUGUUUUUUGUAGGAUGACUGCUGGAUAUCCGGUUCUUGUAGUUGAUAAUGGUGGCUAUAUGCUAAAGGCGCUCUACAUUACUAGUGACGGUAAGUCCUCUUUUUUGCGUGGUAAAAUUGCCGUAAUACCUAAUUGUGUUGGAGCUGCUUCAUAUGUCGGUCGUGGAAUUGUCGGUGAGCAGCUUUUCAAGUUACCGCACUUUCAUGGCUUUAUGGUUCGUCGUCCUGUUGAUCGUGGUUUUAUUGUGGAUGCGGGACUUCAAAGCUACAUUUGGGAGUACCUUCUUCAACACUUGGCUGUAGCCGAUGAAAGUGAAGUGGAGCUUGUUAUGACUGUCCCGUUUGGCGCUCCAAAGCAGGUGGGUGAACUUCUUCACUAUUUGGUUGCACAGCGUUUCAGGUUUCGGUCAGUAACAUUUGUGAGUUCGUCAUUUCUAACGUUAGUGUCUUCUGUUUCACGCGAUUGGCUGUAUGGAAAGGCACCGGGUAAUGGUAAAAGCAACAAAAAGGUGCGUGAAAAGUCAAAUUUCGGUUCUGACGGCGUGGGCUCUGAGAGUGUGACCGGGUGUGGGAUGGUCGUUGACUUUGGUUUCUCGUCGACAACAGUUGUUCCGUACGUUAAUUUCAUUCCAUUGCAGGAUUCUAUUGUGCGAAUUGACGUUGGUGGGAAGCUCUUGUCAAACAGGCUAAAGGAGCUCAUUUCAUUUACUCAGGUUAACGUGACGGAAGAUGGUUGGUUAGUAAAUCACAUUAUGGAGCAGGCCUGUUAUGUGGCUCUGGAUCCACUCGUGUCCUUGCGAAAGGCUGAAUACGCAAAGCGGUUUGAUAAGGGGAACGGUGCUUUUGCAGGGUUGCGGUACUACUUGCCUACUGUUCCACCCCUUAUGCCCCUUGGUUGUCGUGAGGAGCAGCUGACUCAAAUCAUUGGCAAAGACGUUGUGUUGCAGGAGAAAAAUUCUUUACAGCAUAUUGUUUUCCGUCACGAGGCCUUUCUUAUCCCGGAGCUUAUCUUUAAUCCUGUGGAUGUGGGCAUUUGCCAGAUGGGUGUCGUCGAAGCCAUAGUUCAUGGGACCUGCUGCAGAGGUUCGCUACAGAACAUGCGCACGUUGCACGGUGCAAUGAUGCGACGCAUCAUUGCGUUUGGUGGUAUUACCAAGUUUAAAAAUCUUCCUGAGCGACUUUCGACAGAGCUCCGAAAGCAUCUGAAGGAGGAGGGAGCAUCGAGAGUGAGUGUCCCACCUGUAAAAGGUUCUGCCCCUCUUCAGGAAUUCGUUCAAUGGUCGCGCAUUGGAAGGGUACGUAUCGAUCUUCAGUAUAAUGGCGUUGGUUAUACACCGAGUGACUGUGAACUUCAACCCCUUUUCGGUGCUCUUGCACUUAUCACGUGCCCCGUGCUGGAACCUCAGUUGAAAUUGGUGCAAAGCCGGAGUCGUGUGGAGCUCCUGCCGGGAAGCACAGCAAAGGGAAGCCAAAACAGACAACAGGCAUCCGCGGGCCCAAGGACUCUUAGUGCGGUUCUCUCGGCGCUUCAAAAUUUACUGUAA